GUGCGCAAACGCUGGGGGCUGGCGACAGUACGCUGGUACAGUACCAGUACCUCUCAAAACGGAGGUUUCCGCUGGCUUGCGCUGCGCGUAGCGUGGCUCGCGUCUGACCGGAUAGAGAGCACCGCUUAGAGCUUUACACUAGCAUAGCAACUCAGCAACACGCCGCCGGCGCGCUAGCACAUAGCAACCCACAGCCUGCAACACGCCGCCGCCGGCGCGCAAAAGGAAGAACCCAGCCGUUCAUGCCAGGCAUCUACGAAGACGUCCCCAUCGGGGACAUGAGCUACGACGCCGACGAGCAACUGUACCAGUACCAGUGCCCCUGCGGCGACUUGUUCGAAAUUACGCUCGAGGAGCUUUGGGACGGCGACGACAUCGCCCACUGCCCGUCCUGCACGCUCAAAGUGAGGGUCAUCUUCGACAAGGAGCAGCUGCCUCCCUUACCUCCCGCGGAAUGAUUCACUCGAUGCAGCGCGACCGCGAGCGGCGGCUCCGGAGGAAGCCGCGGCGGAAGCGCGGCCUCGUCGCGUGUCUGAUCGCGCUGACCGGCGUCGCGUUACUCGGGAACUUACUGACGUCGCCUCAUUUAGAAGAGCCGACGACGGACGCCGCGCAUAACCCGCCGGGCUACCGGCCACCCGUCUUGGAUCCCGUGGAGGCGGACGCGCGGGCGGCCGCGGCCGCAUUGAGUAUAGUGGACGCCCUGCCGCCGGCGCCCAGGAUCGCCUACGCCGUGACCGUCACGGAGGAGCCCAAGGCUUCCAGUGUCGGCUUUCUGGACGGCGCCGCGGUCCUCGCGCAGUCCGUGCGAUCGGCGCAUAAACGGUCGACGUACGGCGCGCCGGCCUUUGUUGCCUUCGUCUCGCCGCGGAUCUCACAAAGAACGCGGGCCUCGCUGCGAGGUAUUGGUUUUAGAAGCAUCGAGAAGCAAUUGCCCAUCGUUCCUGACAAAAUAGAGGGUUCAUUUCUCAGGAAGCUCUGGACUGAGCCAAAUGAGAAGUUCCCGGACCCGACGAUGAGGGGAGGCUGCUGCGGCGCCUGGGAACUCCUGAAAUUAUAUGCCUGGACCCUGACUGAAUAUGAACGCGUGAUCCACGUCGACAUGGACUGCCUCCUGCUCCACCCCAUCGACGAAUUACUGUCUAUAGACGCGUCACUCGUCUACACGGCGGACUACAACAUGAUGAACGACAACCAGCGGAAGAACCGGUUGACGCCGGCCGUGCAGGGCGGGUUCUUGGUCGUGCGACCCUCUCAUCAGGUGUUUGAGGCCCUCGUGGCGUUGAUGCAACGGGGCAAGUGGGGCGGCAAGUGUUCCGGGUGGGAAUGCACGGGCGUGGGCCAUUGGUGGGGCGGCGCGACGAUCCAAGGGUUAUUACCUUACUUCUACGAUCGGCACGCCAAGACUCUAACGAUGGCGCGGGCCUCGGACCUCAAGGCCGUCGAGGUCGACCGGUGCGUCUACGACAACAUGGGGGAUAAAGCAGUGGUCAAUCCCUUGCCGUACGUCGGGUGCAGCGCCGCGCGGCAGACGCCUUUUGACGACGUGAAGUUCGCGCAUUUUACGGUCUGUCAAAAGCCGUGGACCUGCAACCCGGCGCGCGACCCCGACGACGACAAGAAGAUCUGCCUCGCGCUGCACGCGGCGUGGUUCGACAUCCGCCGCGAAUUCGAGGAGGAGCACGGCAUGCCGUCGGAGAAGAAGGUCUGCCGGCGGGGCUACAAGAAGAUGGCGUUUCCCGCGGGGUUCGGGGAGUAAAAUGAAGUUUGUU